GCAAUAGCUCACUAGAACAUUCAUUUUACGCACACACUCCCAACAGCAGAUAGUAUUUACCUGACUUCUCCAGUACUCUGUGAAUAUCGGAGAGUACUGCGUAAAGAAUCUCCAGCACCGAGGAAACCAACUGCGAUAUUCGGCACAAACAACGAACACUUUUUCAGUCCAGUAUCACCAAGUGCUGAAGAGUCAGAAAUGAUCCUCAGCUUGGAUGUAGCGCCGCUCUUCCCACGCUGAACAUCGCUCGUUUCGAAGAAGACAUUGUUUAAGAAGGACACUUGAAAGAGCCUCGGCACUUUGAUUUGCUUGUAGAUAACCGUUAUCUACUUCACGCGCGCAGUGUUAAUACGGGCAAACGCACGCGCAGCGCGGACACUUUUCACAUGCUGAGCCAUGGAGACACCAACUUCUGCAAAACUUCACACCUGCCUGUCAAUAUUCAUAUUGCUAUGCUCUAUUUCAGGUGACCUGGCCCAACUUCAGCUGCCUCAAAAAAAUGUAGAAGUAAUCCAGGGAAAGAUGGUAGUGCUGCAGGCUUCUUACACUGGUGCUGAGAUUCAGAAAAAUACUGUCGUCUGGAACUACAUGUCCAGCAACACAGAAAUGGUCAUCUCGUAUGUUGGUGGAGAGUUAAGUCAGGGCAGAGCCCAGUUUUCAGGUCGAGUCGGUUUUACCCAUGCAAUGCCCAACACCAACCUGUCCCUGUUUAUCAACAACACAAAAGCGUCAGACUCAGGACGGUACAUGUGCCAGGUGAUCAUCCCUGGGGUUCCAGGACUCACCGGAGAACUGACCCUCAAUGUGAAAGUCCCUCCCUCUGUGCCGGUGUGUCAACUACAAGGAAAGCCAGUUCUCAAAGAAAACGUCACUCUCACGUGUAAUUCCGAUGCUGGUAAACCGGCCCCCAAAUACAAGUGGACAAGGACCAGCCCCACCUCAGAGGUCUUCUUUUCUCCCUCACUAAAUGAAACAGCAGGAACUUUGAAACUGAACAAUCUAAGCAGUAACAUGUCAGGAAAAUAUGUGUGCACUUCAUCCAACUCUGCAGGAGAAGAGACAUGCUACAUCAACCUUGAGGUUAUCACCUCGACCAAUGCCGGGGUGAUCGCUGGUGCUACGGUGGGUUGUGUUGUGGGUCUUAUUCUGAUCAUUCUCUUCUUCGUCUUCAUGUGGACAAGAAGGAAAGACACAGAAGAAGAUCUGGCCAAUGAAAUCAAGGAGGAUGCUCAGGCCCCCAAACGUGUCUCAUGGGCCAAGAGUGGCACUGGAUCCGACAUCAUCUCUAAAAAUGGCACCCUGUCGUCAAUUCACACCAGCCCGCACCCACGGGACAUCCACAACCACCACCAUUAUCCUCACUCUCACCCGGCUUCAGACACUGCUUCCAUCAUCACGGCUACAGGCAGCACAGCCGGGUACCGCUCCCACCCACCAGGCGAUUCCACCCUGGAACGCACAUUGCCAGGGUACAGCUCCAACACCACCCCGCCCCGUGGGCUCUGGGGACCCCCAAGCACCAAUGGAGGCUCCCUGCACACUUCAAUGCCCCGGACAGCCUCAGCCCAGCCUCAGAUUCCACGUCCACCCAUACUGCCCAUCACGGUAACUGCUGCCAACAUCUCCCGCAUGGGAGGCGUACCCAUUAUGGUGCCAGCUCAAAACCAGGCUGGCUCUCUUGUUUAGGAUUUUGCUGAACCUCUGAAGGUAAAGAGAGAAGAGAACCGUAUAUCUGUGGUCCCACAAACUGAAGGACAUUAGAUUUGUCGGAAAGGAUGAAUUUGCAACCGAUAAACGUAUUGACCCUGUAUGGAAAUAAUUUUCUUUAUUUACAUUUUUUAACAUUUUUAAUAUAAGUAAUGUAAACAAAUAUAUGUAAAGAUGUUGACGUAAUAAUGCUCAUUUGAUUGUUUUAUACAUUCAUUGUCAGAUUUUUUUAAAAAAAUUCUCCAAAGUAUUCCAGAAAAGCCUUUACUUGCUGUAAAGUUGAACUUUGUUAUACACUGAACAACUAGACACUGAAAAAAUGGUUUUACUUUUUUUUUACUUCAUGAAAUGAACGACUCUGCAUUUAUUAUUUUUGUUACUGUUACUGCUUUGUUGAUUGUUCUUUUGCAAACGAAAGAUGCUAACUUGCCUUGAUAAAAGCAAAUGAAAGGUCUAUGCCAUAUCAUUUACUGACUCCUUUUGUUUGUCAUUUCGAAUAAUUACGUUUACGUAUAUUUAAAGGGAAUGUUGCGGGUAUCCACUUAAAGAGUGAUGUUAUAUCAUUAUGUUGCUGUACAUUUGCCUUUAAAUAAUUUUGGCCAAAUAUAUUUAGAAACUAAUAUGUCAUUAGCUCUUAGAGAUAUAUGGUAGCUCUCUUUUCAAUUUAGAAGUGUUCAAUUUGGAUGUUGUUAUUUAUAUUGUGGGGAAAAAAAUGUUUUGUACUCUAUGAUGCUAUUUUACAACUUUUGUUAGUACUGAUAAUAUACACAGUGACUAAAUGGACAUUAGAUUCCUCUACCUUACUGUUAAUAAGGUAUUUAUUUCUCAUUCUACGUCAGUGGUUAUCAUUUCACCACAGCAAAUAUGUUGAUUUUUAUGUGACAUAAAUAUGAUUUUUCUCCAAGGAUAGUAUACUGGAUAUGAAACCAAAGAUUUCCUGUUGAAUGGUUGUCAAUAUAGGGCAACUCAUUACAAUUGCAGAGUUUCCUUACCAGCUUAGAUCCACUGAUAACUUGCUGUCAUCACAUUUACAGCUGAGAGCUGUUUACCCCAAUAAAAUUAAUUAAGAAAUAAGUGACAUACCGACAUAUACUAAUGUUUUAAGGCUGCAUUUUGAGGUCACAAGAAUACUUCAAAUCAGGCCAAUAAAUCACAAUAUCAUAUCUGUAAGUAUGCCAUAUUACUGUAUUUGUUUCUUAAUUUACCAGAUAAUUCAUUAAUGCUCAUAAAUGCUGUAUUUCUUCAAGCAAAUGCUUGUAUUUACUAAACCGUGCAACUGACUGUUUUGAAAGCACAAAAUCUUCCAUUUCAUUAGAAUUUCAUUUUCUUUUCUCCCCCCCCCCCCCCACAAAGACAGCAUUUCUUGUACAUGCUAACAAGCAAUAUAUUGGCUGUAUUGUCAAUGACUGUCAUCUGGAGACUGGAGAAACUUAGACUGCUUUGUAUAUAGGACAUCUACUGUCGAAGGACAUGAAAACACUUUGUAUUCAUAUUUUUGAAUAAAAGAAACUGGC